ACAGAUUCAUUCAUUAUGUUUGUAUUUUUAGAACUUAAGUUUCGAAUUUUUAGAACUCCGCGCGUCGGCUGCCUGCUGCGUCCGUAUUCGCCGUAUUGGAGCGACUUUGUGGCCAAAGAGUUCCGCAUCCUGGUGAAGCUGCAGCCGGAGGGACCAAUGUCUCGGCACCUGCAAGCUGUACAGCCCGACGAUCUGCUGGAAUUCCGAGGUCCCAUCGGGCAAUACGUACACGAUCCACAGCCGGCCAAGUGCAUCUAUAUUAUCGCCCAGGGAGUUGCUAUUGCACCCACUCUGCCGCUGGUUAGGCAGGUGCUGGACAACGAGGAGGAUAUGAGUCGCCUGUGGCAUUUGGUGUGCGCUCGUGACCUGCAGCAUGUCUACUUUCGCGAGGAGAUGCUUGAGUUCGCCCAGUUCUGGAACUACAGGAGCUGCCUCUACCUGCCGCAUCAGCAGUGUGACUCCUCCGCUUGCCAGGAGGCGGGCCACUGUGCCCAGCAGUGCCCUCAGCUCCGGGACAAUCUACGCUACAAGGAGACGGCAAAGGUGUCCCGAUUAGAUGCCGCCGAACUGGCCACCCACCUCAAUCCCGCGAUUCCCGGACAGCGCGUCCUCAUCGUGGCUGGAGAUUCAAGUUUUCAAAAGAUCAUCGCCCAAAUAGGAACACAAUCAUUGGACGUAGAUCCGGCAAACAUUUAUAUGUUGUAAUUGCCGGGAGAAACUGUAGAUGCUUAUAAAUAUUUGAUAUUGUUUAUGAAUUUGUGAUCGUACAAGUUUUACCGAGAGUUUUAUAUUUUUUAUACCCGCUACUCGUAGAGUAAAAGGGUAAACUAGAUUCGUUGUAAAAUAUGUAACAGGCAAAAGGAAGCGUUUCCGAUCGUAUAAAGUAUAUAUAUUCUUGA